UAGCCAGGGUCUCCGCCGGAGGAGUGGCCUCAGCUGGCCACGGUCUCCCCAGCAGUAGGAGUGGCCUCAGAGCCCCGGUCUCCCUGUGUGGCUUGUCGGUGUGGGAGGAACAGUUCCUCUCGCUCCUCUCAUUCCUCUCAGCCUCAAAGAGCCAAGGGCGGAGAAGAGGGAUGGCGGAAAACGGCUCCGAAACAAGUGGCCCCGUUCAUCGGAGGUGUUUGGCUCAUCCUGCCGGGGAGAAUAAUCACACAUCCCGCGUCGGUUCAUCCAAGUGGAUCCGUCUGAACGUCGGGGGAACGUGUUUUCUGACCACCAGACAGACGCUGUGCCGCGACCCCAAGUCGUUCCUGUACCGCCUGAGCCAGGCGGACCCCGAGCUCGACUCCGAUAAGGAUGACACCGGGGCGUACCUCAUCGACCGAGACCCCACGUACUUCGGCCCGGUGCUCAACUACCUGAGGCACGGAAAACUGGUGCUCAACAGAGACCUGGCAGAGGAAGGCGUGCUGGAGGAGGCGGAGUUCUACAACAUCCCGUCGCUCAUCAAGCUGCUAAAGGACUCCAUCCGGGAGCGGGACUGCAGAACCUCCCAGGCCCCGGUGAAGCACGUGUACCGAGUGCUGCAGUGCCAGGAGGAGGAGCUCACCCAGAUGGUGUCCACCAUGUCCGACGGCUGGAAGUUUGAGCAGCUUGUCAGUAUAGGCUACGGGCCCGCCCACCAGUCAGAGUUUCUGCUGAUUGUGUCGCGGGAGGUGAGGGGAGAGGCCCCCACUCUGCCAGUCGCCAGCGGACAGCUGGUCAGCAUCGGCUCGUCCUAUAACUACGGCAACGAGGACCAGGCAGAGUUCCUCUGUGUCGUCUCCAAGGAGCUCCACAACCAGUCCUACGGGCCCAACAGCGAGCCCAGCGAGAAGGCCAAGAUCCUCCAGGAGCGAGGCUCCCGCAUGUGAGUCAGUGUUAGGAGGAGCCGGCGUCCCAGGCAGCGCCCCUCCAGGGGCCCGGGGGCCCCCGCCGCUCAACGGGGGGGGGGGGGGGGGGCUUUUGCUUCUGUUUCCCACCAUUGUUUUUAUUUUUUAUUUUAAAUGCUUGAUGUAAAUAACUCUUUACUAUUUGGUGCCUGUAUAGUUGGGUUUAUUAUUUUCUCUCAAACCAAACGAUAAGUUGUGUGCGGAGGGUUUUUGUUUUCAUGCUACAAACGGAUUGGCUGGCGGGGGUCAGAUCCCCCAGCCCAGCCAGGGGCCCAGCCAGGGGGCCCAGCCAGGGGCCCCAGCCAGGGGCCCCAGCCAGUGGCCCGGCCAGAGGCCCAGCCAGGGCCCCCGCCAGGGGCCCCAGCGCGUCCCGCCGCCUCGCCGUCCGGCUGAAGGGUGGCCCCUAGGUGGGCCCCACGGCGGGGCCUCGGCACGCUGGCCCCGGGCCGUUCCCCAUCAUCCUGCCCCCUGCCUGGUUCUGUCUGAGACGGACCAACUUGUUGUCCUUUUGGUUUUCAGCUUUGAGUCUUCCUUGUGUUCAGACAACAUGCUUCAGUGGGUUUUAAAAGUGUUUUUGUAAUUGUUUAGGUUGUAUUGUUUACCCUGCCCCCCCUGCUCCCCUUCCAUGGGGGGUCGUUUGGCUUCUUCACUGACUUCUGCAUUCGUCAGAACCAAGUUUACGUCUUUAGUCCGAGGGAACACAGGUUUCAUCACGGUUUAUUUUUUAGGUGUGUGUUUGGGGGGAUCUUUUUUGUGUAAAAGUUGUAGGGGGUUUGAACUGUCCAACAGACGGAGGUGAAGGAAUAUUUGUUCAUAUCCAUGGUUUUGUCAUGUACAUAUGUCCAAUAUUAAUAUUUAACUCAUAAAACUGCACGUUUUGUACACUGUAUAGGAAGCACAACUUCAAGUCGAAGUUGUUUAUACUGGAACUUUAAAAGCUAGAAACUCUUGGAACAUUUUGGACUCCUUUUUCGCGUUGUUUGUAAAGGAUUUUAGACCUUUAGAGAUUUGCAAGUUAGUAGUAAAAUGGCUGACAUGGACUAUGAUUUAUUUUUACAAAUAAUCUGCCUGGAACGUGUUUUGAUAUCCUUUAACAAAGAUUAGCCUUGGCUGUAUAAGAAAUGGACUGUUACAUUUUAGGAGUGCAAUAGAGAUACGGCAGUGUGACACAUCUAGGAAGCAUCUGAACUCACCGCUCCGCAGUGGGGACGACACUGCGCAGCGACCUGCACUCGCACACUGCAUUGUACAACACAUUUUUUUACAUCGAGAGCCGUUUUCGCUUUCAAGAGUUGUUUUGACUGUUGGUCUUUUUUAUUUUAUUCACAUAUAACCCGAUAGUGAUGCCUCCUCAGCCCCAACGACCACCCCAAUGUCUUACGUACGCUCUACAGACUGAAAUGAGUGUCAGGGAUGUGCGUUUGUUUCUGCUGGCAUAUUAUGUGUCUAUACCGAAUUGUUAAUGCGACACCAACCUUUUACUCGGUACACUAACUCACUUGACAAAUACACGUUUAUAUAUUAAGAUACACUUCUAAGGAAGCAUGUUUUUGUACAAACCAACAUCUUUCCAACACCAACACAAAGGGCUUUCAAAAUGGUACAUUUGAGGUGUGGGUUUUUUGUUUCAAACCUGCAAAUGGUUGAAUCAAAAUGAAGUCUAUUUCCUGCCAGAGCUGGCUGUUUACAUUUAGCUGUAGUAUUCUGAAGCCUUCCAAUUAAACGGUCUUGCACUCCUUCACAUACCAUAACAUAGUCCGACUUGUUUGAUAUCAACUCCCUUCCCCAUCCAUAUUGACCAACCUUUACACAUCUUAUCCAUAUAUCUUAUACCUUCAUAUUAAUCAAGCAAUUACCUUACGGCCUGGGUGCCGCAGACAAUCUAAUGUUUCAAAAGCUUGCUCAGUAAGUGAAGCUCGGAGGACCAAACCAAGUCCCGUGUGCUGCUUGUGGGGGUCGUCCAUGGAGGUCUAGACCUGCUUUAGGUCUGGUCUGAUCCGGGGCUCCGGGUCUGAUCCGGGGCUCCGGGGCUGAUCCGGGGCUGAUCCGGGGCUCCGGGUCUGAUCCGGGGCUGAUCCGGGUCUGAUCCGGGUCUGAUCCGGGUCUGAUCCGGGUCUGAUCCGGGUCUGAUCCGGGGCCGCCGGGUCUGACCCGGGGCCGCGGGUCUGGGCUCCUCACACCGCCUCGGGGGUCCUGACAUUGUGCUCCUUCAGACCGGUGGUCUGCUCACCAUCGUAAACCAUUGUCUUUAAUCAUCAUGUUAUUUGAUAUCAAACGUGUGGCCUAAUAACUGCAAGUGGCCGGUUUACUUUUUGGAAUAAUGCGAUGGAUUAAUAAACUGCAGGCCACUGUAACGCAUGAUGGACGAGCGACCAACUUGUAAUGGAGGAAAUGAAUGUCAUUUUAUUCUCAAUAUGAUGCAUAUUAAUGUGUAAUGUUCUCAUAUCACAACAUCACUUAUAACUUCUAUAUGAUCUUAUGCAAUGUUUAAAAUUGAAAAAUAAAGUUGCUGGGGUAGAUCUUAGGUAUUGCAUAAGGUUAACCCAAUAAAAUAUAAAUCUAUAUUUGUGUGUGUUGCUCAUUGUCCUAGACCGAUCAUUAAAUCGUAACUUUUAAUAUUUGAAAUGUUGACGGUAAGAUGCAUCCGUCGUUUGAGCGCAAGUGACGUGUUUUGCAUCCAUCGUUAACUUUGGAGACCAAAACAAUUUAAAUAAAUAGCGACACCUGGCGGCCGAGGACGAGUCAUGUCUAAGUCGCCUAGAUAAAUGCCUGAUCAAAUAUUUCUGUUUCUAUCUAGUUUGUUCUCAAUGAAGGGUAUACAAUAGACAACAAUGAAGGGUAUACAAUAGAAUAAAUGUCAGUACAUUUGUAUAAAGGACAUAUGCUUAGUGACUCCUUGAUUCUCUUUAGCGAUUUUUACAUGACACAC